AGGGCGGGCAGAGGAGGAAACGAGGCGGGGGUGGGAGAAGGAGGGCGGGGCAGAAGUGGGACGGGAAGGACCGCUGCCGGGACUGGCGCGCUGGGACACCCGGCCCACGCGCGGAGGAGCUGGGAGAGCGGGAAGCCCGAGGGGGAGGGGCUGGCGCGGGGCCGUGGGUGCGGCACGAGGAUGCCCGCGGCGGGACAGCGCCCGUAGGCAGCCCCGUGGGCAGGGCGCGCUGGCGGGCCGGGCCGGAGGAGCGCCCGGCAUGUCGCAAGGGCUCCCGGCCGCCGGCAGCGUCCUGCAGAGGAGCGUCGCGGCGCCGGGGAACCAGCCGCAGCCGCAGCCGCAGAGCCCUGAGGAUGAUGACAGGAAAGUCCGAAGGAGAGAAAAAAACCGAGUUGCUGCUCAGAGAAGUCGGAAGAAGCAGACCCAGAAGGCUGACAAGCUCCAUGAGGAAUAUGAGUGCCUGGAGCAAGAAAACACCAUGCUGCGGAGAGAGAUCGGAAAGCUGACAGAGGAGCUGAAGCACCUGACAGAGGCACUGAAGGAGCACGAGAAGAUGUGUCCACUGCUGCUCUGCCCCCUGAACUUUGUGCCAGUGCCUCCCCGGCCAGACCCCGUGGCCGGCUGCUUGCCCCGAUGAAGCUGAGGACACUCCUCUGCCCAACAAGGAGGCUUGGUCAUUUUCAUACCAGGGAGGAAGGGUUUCCCUUCACAAUUGUAUACAGGGGGCACCUGUGGCCAGGCCUCCUCCUGGGAGCUCCAGGACCAGCCAGCUGUGUCCCCUGCAGACUGGGCUCAGCACGGCAUCCAACAGGCGCAAGACUCACAGAGCCCUUGUGCAGAUCCAGCAUGGAGGCCACCCUCAGGAAUGACUUCUCAUCCACCCUGGCAGCUAUUAGGUUCUGCUGUUAUGCAGAGCCAUUUCCUCUAGAAUUUGGAUAAUAAAGAUGCUUAUUGUCUCUC